CCAGUGCGCAUGAGCGUGGUAGAGAGGGUUUUGAAGUGCGCGCACGAUUUUCUUGAACUGACAGAGGAAGUGGGAAAGGAGUUACCAUGGCACCUCAGCCCCUGAUUAAAUCAAGGCAGACAGAGAAGAUAAUAAAUGGAGUUUCAACUCAAGUUAUCUGCACAGAGUUCAGCAACUACAUAUUUAUAGUCCUCACUCAGUAUGGAAAGAUAGGGACGUUGAUAUCCAUAACCCCUGACUCAAGAUCCGGUGACAUCAGCUCAUCUAUGUUUACGACAAAGGUACUUCUUGGAAAAGAUGAGGCACUUACACAUGUCUAUGCCAAAAACCUGGUAACUUUCGUCUCACAGGAGUCAGGAAACCGGCCGGUUCUUUUGGGGCUGGCCCUUAAAGACAGCUCCCUUGAAACCAUGAAAGUCGUGAAAGAUAUGAUCAAAAGCUGUCAAGUCUGGUGAACAGUUUAAUAUUUUUCUGUGACAGACAAUGCUCAGCCACUUGAAGACAUUUUUGUUGGGCCUGUAGUCAUUGUCAGUGUAUCACCUUAAAUGUAUCUCUUCUAUUUAAGAAUGUGAUAUUCCUGAUAUGAUAGAAUACGGUUCAGCCCUUCACUGUGGUUGUGGAACUGACAGAAGUACCCCUGUAUGCUCUGUAUGCCCAUCUGAGGAUGUGAGAUAGGCCUGUAUUCUGUUAUAAGAAUAUUUUCUCUGUGUGAGGGGUACAGUUGUAUGUGAUUAUCUGAAAUAUAAUUGCUCAUGCCCUUUUAAUUACUGAACAAACAGUGGAUUGUUUUUUAGCAGUUACAGAUUUGUUUACUUGA